UGUAGGCGGAGGCUGAGGAUCGGCGGCGGGCGGACUACAGCUCCCGGCGGGCUGUGCGCGGAGCCCGGCUGCCCCGAGCCCGCUCACCGCGACAUGGCGGCGGCUUCGGAGGGCCGGGGCCUCCCGCAAUCCACCGUCGACAGGGUGAUGAAAGGUGUUCCCUUACCACCAGCCCGCCGCUUGACCAUGCAAGACAUUUACUUCGAGGGCAAACCCAGGUUCGAGGUCCUCAAAGCUCAUUUCAUUAAAGAAGGGCGGCUGGAGGAAGAAGCUGCCAUCAAGAUCAUUGAAGACGGAGCUGCAGUCUUUCGUAAAGAGAGGACUCUGAUUGAGGUGGAAGCACCUAUCACAGUCUGUGGCGACAUUCAUGGCCAAUUCUUUGACUUGCUGAAGCUAUUUGAAAUUGGUGGAGAACCCAGCAGCACACACUAUCUAUUCCUUGGAGAUUAUGUGGAUCGGGGUUACUUCAGCAUUGAGUGUGUGCUGAUUCUCUGGGUCCUGAAGAUUCACCAUGCAAGCACCUUGUUCCUGCUCCGGGGAAACCACGAGUGCAGACACCUCACUGAGUACUUCACAUUCAAGCAAGAAUGUAGAAUCAAGUACUCAGACAAUCUAUACAAUGUCUGCAUGGGUGCGUUUGACUGUCUGCCUCUGGCUGCACUCGUAAAUCACCAGUUCCUCUGCCUGCACGGGGGCUUGUCACCCGACAUCCACAGUCUAGAUGACAUUAGGAGAUUAGACAGAUUUAAAGAGCCACCAGCCUUUGGUCCCAUGUGUGAUUUGCUGUGGUCAGACCCAACUGAGGACUAUGGCAGCGAGAAGACACCAGAACACUUCAGUCAUAACACUGUACGAGGCUGCUCCUACUUCUUUAGUUAUGCCGCAGUUUGCAAAUUUUUGCAACACAACAACUUGUUAUCAGUAAUCCGUGCACAUGAGGCUCAGGAUGCCGGAUACCGAAUGUAUAGGAAAAACCAGGUGACUGGCUUCCCAUCAUUAAUAACGAUAUUCUCCGCACCAAAUUACCUGGAUGUCUAUAAUAACAAAGCUGCUGUAUUGAAAUAUGAAAAUAAUGUCAUGAAUAUUAGGCAGUUUAACUGCUCUCCACACCCCUACUGGCUGCCAAACUUCAUGGAUGUCUUCUCCUGGUCUCUGCCAUUUGUUGGUGAAAAAGUUACAGAUAUGUUGGUUAGUAUCCUCAAUGUCUGCUCCGAUGACGAGCUACUGGGUGAGGAUGAUGCUUCUCAACAAGAUCGCAAGGAAGUCAUCAAGAAUAAGAUCCGUGCAAUCGGCAAAAUGGCCAGGGUCUUUGCAGUGCUCAGAGAAGAGCAUGAAAAUGUGCUGACGUUAAAAGGCUUGACGCCGUCCGGCAACCUGCCCCUUGGUGCCCUGACAGGAGGGAAACCGAGCCUGCAGCAAGGAAAAGGUUCUGCGGCGAGUAUCAGCUUUGAACAGGCCAGGGGUUUGGACCGAGUUAACGAGAGGAUGCCUCCACGCAGGCUGAACGUGAAGGAUGAGGGCUCAACUCAGGCUAUAGCCCAGGGUCGUUCCCAGACCCAGGGUCCAUCUUGGAUUCAGUCUCGGACCCAGGGCCAGUCGAAGCGAAGCAGCCAGACUUCCACAGCCAGCGCACGACAACAGAACUCAGCGGCAGCACAGUCAGAGUCUCCCACCGGCCAGGUGUCAGGACGGUCUCAGAACGUCAUCAGCCGCCGAUCGCAAGCAAGUCCCCAGCUCACUGAACAAAAGCCACGUUCUAGUAUGCCAAAUACCAAGAUUGACAAGGGAAAAGGCAAAGGAUAAGUGGCACACUAACUGCUCGCCCCAUCUCACAGGUGCAUCAAGGGCCUAUUUAUUUAUUGUAACCGUUUGCAAGAUGGGAAUCUCUUGGAAUGCAAACAACUGACCAGCCCCUUGGUUCCAGCAAUCAACAGCAAAUGAUGCCAAGUGUAUGCGGUACGUCAGAAGAAAGGCUCUGUUGGACUGAAGUGUCAUGGAUCGGGAGAAUUUGAUCUAAAAUAACUCUUGGUUAUGCACAGACCUCAUUAAGUCAUAGGAUGACCCAUGGUCAUUACUUCCCAGUCUGGAUCGCUAUUGGGGGUGAGGACGGGGAUGGACGUUAUCUUGAAUGUUUCCUUUGCCUGCCCAUCCUAUCUUUCCUCCACUCUAGCACUCCAGUAAUUUGGUAGUUGCUCACCUAUCCUUGGAGGACUGAACCCUCAGGGUGAAAGAUUUGGUAGUGGCAGGAAUGGAACCUGCAUUUGUAAAGUCUGAUCAUUCAUUUGGCAAUCCAGAUGCCACAUAGCCAUAAGGAGCAAGUAGUGUUUCCCCCCCACCAAUCCCCAUAUCUGUGGAUCCAUCUGGAUUAAUCAACUUUUGCCACUCACGAGUCCCUCUAUGUCUCCACUACGCCUCUAGGCUUUAUUUGCUUUAAGCACCUCCUGUUUCUUUACAACCCAAUCACAAGGGCACUUGAUCCCAAACUGGGAAUGCAUGAGAUUUUUUCAAACUUUAGCUCCAGUUGUUUUAAGUUGACCGUAAGUUUGUGCAGAGCUUUUGUUCCACACAGGUUUUUAAUGAACAAUAUUUUUUAAAAUGUUGCUUGUGCCACAAAUUGCAUCACCCAAGUCCCACUGUCCUUCUUCGCCCUUUAUUAUGGAAUGAGUGGAUCCAUUGCUUGAUCUCGAUCCACAGGCCCUGAGUUGGGGAGCUCAGGACUAUGGGGACUCUCUGUUGGGGAUGUGUGUUGGAGAGGAGAGAGAGCAAGUUCCAGUGCUGCUGUGUUUCCGUGAGACGGUGUCAGGGAGCACAAAGGCAAUUGAAAUACCAAUAUGCCCUUUUUAUUUCAAGGUACACAGGGUGGCAGGGCUGUGUUGAUUUUUUAUUAUUAAAGUAUCUCUCAUAAAAUUAUUUUCAGCUAAUUUGUAGCCUCCUGGCAGAGAGGGGUGGACAGGACUUCUGGUAGAGCUCGUCUGCAGGGAGAUAUGCCAGCUGGACUAAGUUGACAGGUUAGUUUUAUUCUCUCAGUGGUCUGGCUUGGUAUAUCCACUUAAAGCUCAUCUGCAAAGGGGGAGUGGUACACUCAGCCACAGAGUUGUGUUUCACCUGACUGCUGGAUGCUGCCAGCUCUUUCUCAGUGGUGUUGAGACUCCAGAGUGCGUGCAGAAGAAUUGAUUAGUGCAUUGUUGGUUGGCCCUUCUGAGUCACUCUGAGGCUUCUCUCUGAUCCUACUGUAGUCCUUCUGUUGAUGGUGUCCCAGUAGUCCAAUGUAGUCUCAACGGAACAAACCUGUUCAAGUACUUCUGCAAAGCCAAGUACUGAGAAAUACACAGCCGAGAGGGGAAAGGCAGCUUGAUGUUUCAGUGUGGGAUCUACAGAACUGAAGAUUUUCACCUUGGGCAUUAAUGUGUCCCCUCUCAGAUGCCCAGGGAUAUGUGAACUCCAGACUUUGCUAUUUGUAUUCUAACAUUAACAUUUGGGAAUUGGUGCUUGCUUUGUGCGCUUGAUGAGCUGCAAUUAUGCAACCCUUACUAGUGAGAGAGAUCUGUAGAAUGAAAUUGUGUGGCAUCGGUGCAGACAACUACAAAGACAACAGAGUGGCAGGGGUUGUGUUUGAGCCAGGCUGGUGCUUGUACAACAGACAGGCAGACAGAUGGCACAGGGUCAGACUGAUGUAGUAUCAUUUGUUGCAUCAGUUAUCCAUUGAGUUCCUGCUCUGGUGUUCAGUCUGUCCAACUAUACUGGCACUGACUCUCAAUGAUUUGAUGAAUAACUGAAAUUGAGGUUCCCAAGUUUGCAACAGGCAGUGAAGAGAUGGCCGUCAACUGCUUCCUCUUAUUUGUAUUUAACUAUGCAAAGAUAUAUCGUGACAUCUCUUGACUUAAACUGACCAAAGCUGCUUUUAGAUAAGUGCACAGUCCCACAGCAGUUCACCUGACCCAAAAUCAGCAAACUCCAUUCUAAUCAAUUGACAGGUUUCUAGAACAACCAGUUUGUCUGUUUUCUGUUGAGACAAGGAGAAAGCUAUAAGUUAAUACCAACAGAGUUUGGAUCUUCUUUUGUUCUUCCCAUCAAAGCAGGUGCACAAAAACUUGGUCCAAGUGGAAUUCUUGGCCCAGCCUCGGAACCCUCCAAUCACCUGGAGGCAACCGUGGCUACAGUUCCACCGCCGCUCCGAGAUUAAGUUAAUGGCACUAAAUUCACUGAAAGCAUCUUCUUCCAGUUCCACCCACCACCCCUAAAACAAUAUCUAAGACAGGCUUCAGGGCCCAAUCUGAUGUGCGUGUUUAAGCAGGUCACAGAGACUUUAGGGGGCUGAUCAGUUAGGCUGAAAUUCAGAAUCUCCUCAGGAAUAACUCAAAAUGGUGCGUUAAGGUCCUUUAGGGAACCUGAACCAAUCUCAAAUACUUGGCUUCCAAUUCAUCAAGAAUGUGAUCAAUUUUUGUUUUUUUUUAAAGGAAGAGUUCUACUGUUUCCAGAAUUUUUAAAUGUGCAGUAAUCGUUCUUGGGGUUGAAGUAGCAACUCCCCUCUGGAGAACAAAUCUGCAUUGAUACUGUUGUUUAAAAAGUGUUUCAUUAACUUGUGUUUCCAUAAAUGCACUGAGAAAACUGUAAUGGUUUCCAACUUAGCACAGCAAUAAGACUUUUCUUGUAACAAAAUGUGCAUUAAAAAUAAAUUUGGUUUCAUUAG